GUGUAUCGUUACCCGUCGUUAAUAUGGCAUCUGUAACCAUAUAUAUGAUCCUGAUUCUGUCCGUGACGUCAGUGGUCUUUAGUUUAUCGUGUGUUGGGUGUGAUAAAGCCGCACCGUGUCCACUGCUACCAGAAACAAAGGAAUGUUUUAAGGCUCGAGCACCAUGCGCUUGCUGUGACACAUGUGCUAGUGGACUUGGUGCUGAAUGUGGGGCAUUAAAGAUACGAUGUCACCCAGAUUAUGUAUGUGUGAAUAAAGAUGGUGUAGAGAAGGUUAUGAUACCUUGGUUUAUGAUGGGGUUUAAAGGUACCUGUAUGCCAACAGGAACUGGAAAAAUCGUCUAAUCAGUUUGAAUUGAAUUAUGAAAAUAUGAUGUUUGAUUCAUGUU